AUGCCUGCAUCCUCCUCCACCUCUUCAGAUUUUACUGUAGUGGCGGUUUCGCGCUCGCGACCAGCUACCCACGAUAUUCACUCACAGCCAACACUUACAGCUAUUGUUCGAUCGCCUUCGACCACGCCGUUGGUACUCACCCCUGAAGAAGGAAUCGAAGGUCACAAGUCUGCUGUUCAUGAUGCGCAGGUAUACGCAUUCUUUGCCCAUCAUUAUGAUUACUGGACGUCACGGCUAAAUAUCGAGCGGUCUGAAUGGAGUUGGGCUUUUUGGGGAGAGAACUUGACCUUGAAAGCGGCGGAUGGACUUGAUGAGUGGAGCAUUAAUUUAGGGGAUCGAUGGGUAUUUUCGUCCCCUGAUGAUGAGGGGGAGAGCAAGGACAAAGGAUUUAAGAACAAAGGGGUUAUUCUCGAGGUUGUAGGGGGACGGAGUCCGUGUUCACGGCUCGCAUGGCGAUGCGGACAGCCGAGCAGUUGGCUAGCCGAGGUCGCUAAGUCCGGCUUUUGCGGUGUCUACCUGAAAGUCGUGCGCGGAGGUUCCAUCGCGCCCGGUGCCACAGCAAGAAUCAUCCCGACUCAUGAGGAAUACACGGUUCCGGCUGGUAGCAUUGCCCAGUGCGUGUUCUCACCGCUCGGAGAUCUUGCUACUCGUAUAUUGGCAGAGCGUAUCCUGCGUGUGCCUAACUUGCAAAAGAUGAACAGACAUGUCAUCGCUCGCAAGCUAGGGAUGAUUGAGGAUAAAGAAGUUACAGGGAAGAAUCGAUGGGCUGGGUGGCGGUCUCUAAAGGUCGUCAAGGUGGUCGAUGAGUCUGCAACUGUCAAGUCUUUCUAUCUGAAUGCCGUUGAUGACAAGCCCUUAGCAUCCUACCUCCCAGGGCAAUUCCUAACUGUAAAAUUGCCCUCCGGUGACAUCCGCCGCUGGUCCAUUUCUUCUUGGUCGCCCUCCUCCUUUACCUCAGUCCCACCAUAUUACCGCAUUACGGUUAAGAAAGGACCGGCUGCCUCUCGUUAUCUUCACUCCAAUGUCCUAACUGGGGACACGAUAUUAGCACGCUCACCGUCUGGGUCGUUUGUCCCUGAUUUAAGCCGGGAAUUCCCCCCUCGUAAGAUAUACAUCAGCGCGGGAAUAGGCAUGACUCCGAUUCUUAGCAUGGUCCAGUCUCACUUUUCUCACCCGGCUUUAAAGAAAACACCUGCGAUUCUGAUCCACGUCGCCCGGAAUGAACUCUCAUCAUUCGACCUAUUCCGCAUGAUCACAUUUUAUACCUCCCCUAUUGCCGGUGUAGACGUCCAGGGUAGAGACUUUGACCAUACAGGGCGACCUACGUUCGACUUCUUUAACACGUUGUUGAGUCCAUCGUAUUUUAUCGAUCCAUUAGGAAUCACUCCAAUCGAACUACCUGGUAACGUCUCCAACGCGUAUAUCUGCGGUCCACCAGACUUUGUAGAUACCAUACGGGACUACCUUGGACGCUGCAAAGUCCCACCACCAGCUAUACGUUACGAAACGUUUUCGUCAAAUUCGGAUUUUAAACCUGACGAUCUAUCAGUUUCGGCGGCGGACGGGACAGAUCUUCCAGAGGAAUCAGUCGUCCGGUUUCGAACGAAAGAGGCUAAAUGGAAGAAAUCUGAAGCGCUCUCACUUCUUGAACUUCUCGAACGAGAUGGUGGAGGGGAAAGCCCAGAAUCGGCUUGUCGGGAGGGCGAUUGCGGGACUUGUGAGGUAGAGAUCUUAAAGGGAGAAGCUCGAGUUUCGAAGGAUGCGGGCAAGGAGGCGAAAGAAGCAAGUGGGAAAGCUGGGACUAUGAUAAGAACAUGUUGCUCCUUUCCAGCAAGCCAACUUUUAGAGUUGAAAUUCUGA